CAUUUUGCUUAUAAACCUCUUUAAAGGGUACAAUUUAGACUCUGGCUCACCCAGCCCCUGGAGUAUAGCAGGUGCUGGAAAAAUGCUUAGUUUUAUUGUAGGGCCAGACCAGUAAUUGUAAUGAGAUCAUUAGUAAAUAGUGUAAAGUUGAUGUAGUUUGACCUUAAAUGUUUUUUUGAACACAGGCACUUUGGCAGUGAAAAAGAAGCAGUAAACUGAACACUUAUAUUAUUUAUUUAUUCAUCAUCCAGUGGCUUACAGGAUUUUAUGCUGCCUCCUUAUAUGUAAUGAUUGUUCACACCUGCUAAAUUUGAAUCCUGGCUUUGACACUUGACAGAGGUGUGAAAGGCAAGUUACUUAAUGCCUCAGUGCUUUUGUACACCCUCCUAUUAAUUGAAAGUGAUGUCUCUAUCGUAGUGGCAUUAUAAGGAUUAAAUGAGACUAUAUAUAUAAAUGCUCAUUUAGUACAGUGCUUGGCAUAUUAUAGUUGAAUCUUUCUGUAGAUAGAGUGUGCUUUGACACUGGUUAUUCAGGUCUCUGUCCCCACAUAAAUCAUAUUUGUUCUUUUAAUGUUAAUAUUCAUUUAUUCUUGCUCAGAGAAUCCAAAGGACAGAGGAGCCUGGAGGGCUACAGUUCAUGGGGUCACAAAGAGUUGGACACGACUGAAGCGACUUAGCACAGCAUUCAGUCGUAUUAAUAUACUUGAACUGUGGUUGACAAGCAUCUUCUAUAAAGGACCAGCAGAUAUAAUUUCUACAGUAGAAUUUAAUCAUUCUGGAGAGUUACUAGCAACCGGAGAUAAAGGUGGUAGAGUUGUCAUCUUUCAGCAGGAGCAGGAGAACAAAAUCCAGUCUCAUAGCAGAGGAGAAUAUAAUGUUUACAGCACCUUUCAGAGCCAUGAACCAGAGUUUGACUACUUGAAAAGUUUAGAAAUAGAAGAAAAGAUCAACAAAAUUAGGUGGUUACCCCAGAAAAAUGCUGCUCAGUUUUUAUUGUCUACCAAUGAUAAAACAAUAAAGUUAUGGAAAAUCAGUGAAAGGGACAAAAGACCAGAAGGGUAUAACUUGAAAGAGGAAGAUGGAAGGUAUAGAGAUCCUACUACAGUUACUACACUACGUGUGCCAGUCUUUCGGCCCAUGGAUCUAAUGGUUGAGGCCAGUCCACGAAGAAUAUUUGCCAAUGCUCAUACAUAUCACAUCAACUCAAUUUCUAUUAAUAGUGAUUAUGAAACAUAUUUAUCUGCAGAUGAUUUGCGGAUUAAUCUUUGGCAUCUGGAAAUAACAGACAGGAGUUUUAAUAUUGUGGAUAUCAAGCCUGCCAAUAUGGAAGAGCUGACAGAGGUGAUUACAGCUGCAGAAUUCCAUCCCAACAGCUGUAACACAUUUGUAUACAGCAGCAGUAAAGGAACCAUUCGGUUAUGUGACAUGAGGGCAUCCGCCCUCUGUGAUAGGCAUUCUAAACUGUUUGAAGAACCUGAAGAUCCCAGUAACAGGUCUUUUUUUUCUGAAAUCAUCUCUUCAAUUUCUGAUGUAAAAUUCAGCCAUAGUGGUCGAUAUAUGAUGACUAGAGACUAUUUGUCAGUCAAAAUUUGGGACUUAAAUAUGGAAAACAGGCCUGUGGAAACAUACCAGGUGCAUGAAUACCUCAGAAGUAAACUUUGUUCACUGUAUGAAAAUGACUGCAUAUUUGACAAAUUUGAAUGUUGUUGGAAUGGAUCUGACAGUGUUGUCAUGACUGGAUCUUACAAUAAUUUCUUCAGAAUGUUUGACCGGAACACAAAGCGAGACAUAACCCUGGAAGCAUCACGAGAAAACAAUAAACCUCGCACGGUUCUGAAGCCACGCAAAGUGUGUGCAAGUGGCAAGCGAAAGAAAGAUGAAAUCAGUGUCGACAGCCUAGACUUCAACAAGAAAAUACUUCACACAGCCUGGCACCCCAAGGAAAAUAUCAUUGCCGUAGCUACUACAAACAAUCUGUAUAUAUUUCAAGACAAAGUGAAUUAGGGUUGGCCUUCCUAGCAGAAGAACCCACUUCCUGCUUAGUUGAGAUAGUUGAAUCUAGCAUUCGUACUUAAAAAAGAGAGAGGUCCAUUGUGGCGCCCCUUUUCCAGUGUUUGACAAUGUGCCAUUCGACAACACAUUUUCCAUAGCUACAUGGAGAAAGCUCUGUGGAUCCCUCCCUGUGGUGUUCUCCAUGUCUGCUAGCCAUUUAGGUAAGGGUAGGGCACUUUUAAUUUAAAUGACUUCUUGCACCAUCUUGCCUAAUGGACUAGAUUGGACUGUGUCAACAUUGAUUUACUCCACUUUUUAUGCCUUCCAUUGUGAUGACGUCAAACACAGUGAAAGCCUUCAGUCAUGCUUAUGGGAUUUAAUUGUGUAUCCUCAUUACUGUAUCAUUUGUGGGGUACACCCCUCCUCCCCUUUUUUAAAUUAAAUACAGCUCAUUCUUACUGUGGCUUGUAGCAUUCCUCCUCUCUGGCUCCUGGACUCUUCCCCUCCAUCUCUUCCCCUUGCCCCUCCACCCAGUCUUGGUGGUGGUAUAAAAAGGAAAGAACGAAAGCACACAACGAGUCAGUUUGGGGUCAGUGGUAAAGGGGGUACAUGUUGCGAACAAAUGUUUUAAUAACAGUUGGCUGUAAUCACUCCUUGCCGUGUCUGGCACUGAAAAUAAGGAAAAAAAAUACUACUACUGAAUAAAAGUGACAAAGAAUGGAGAA